CCACCCACCAUCCAGGUGGAGCCCCACCCCCUCACCCGCCCCCCCUCCCCUCCACUACCACCCAUCCUGGAACCCAACCUGCUCAACGAGCUCCUUUUAGAGCCUGAAUAUUAUGACCCCAAUGACUACUUUGACAUCACUCAGCAUGAGGCGGAUCUCAGGCAGGAUGAGUUGGAGUACGAGGAGGUGGAGCUCUAUAAGUCUCGUCAGCAGGACAAACUGGGGUUAACGGUGUGCUACCGGACAGACGAUGAGGAGGACCUGGGGAUCUAUGUGGGCGAGGUCAACCCCAAUAGUAUAGCUGCUAUGGAUGGCCGUAUCCGAGAGGGGGAUAGAAUAUUACAGAUAAACGGGGUGGACAUCCAGAACAGAGAGGAGGCGGUGGCCAUUCUGACCCAGGAGGACAGCACCAACAUCUCCCUGCUCCUGGCCCGGCCUGAAAUAGAGAAUGACAACCAGCUCGACCCAGAUGAACUGGACCUGGAGGUUCUGGAUAACCCUGUCCACCUGCCCAGCCCCCAUCAGCUGAGGAACAGGGCCUCCAUGCUGGGCGAAGGACCAGGGCUCGUGGGUGGGGGCGGUGUGGUGGUGGUCCGCGGGCGAGGUCACCGUGACUCUCCAGGCCUGCUCCACACGUUGCUGAGUAACAGCCAGGAGCUGGACAGCGGGGUGGGUCGUACAGACGAGAGUACCCGCAAUGAGGAGUCCUCAGAACACGACCUACUAGGAGACGACCAGACCAGCGCCCCCACCACCAACGCCACCAACACCCCCGGCAGCAUGCGCAGGUUCCACUCUGGCCAGGGGGACAGGGACACCCCACCCCUUCUACAUGGCCACUCCACAGAGUUCCACUUCAGCACGGACUCUCUACUGGGUCUGGACUGUCUGGGUGGGGGGGGAGGUGGUGACCUGGCAGGGGAGAGGGUCUAUGCAGCUGACCCAGUGAUGAUGAUGAUGCCGGGUCUGACAGAAGAAGAGUGUGAGAGGUACAGGGAGCUCUUGGAGAUCAAGUGUUAUUAUGAGAAGAACAGCAAUGCUCUUCUGCUGCUGGGGGAGCAUGUGGGACAGGGGGGCGAUGGGGGGGUUCCUUUGGAUGUGAACAGGAAUGAGAGCCUGAUGCAGCAUGAGAUGGCCCUCGUGGAAGAGGAGCUACGCCACCUGGAGUUCAAGUGUCGUAACAUCCUGAGGGCCCAGAAGAUGCAGCAGCUCCGGGAGCGCUGUCUGAAGGCAUGGCCCCUGGAGGAGGAGAGUGGGGCCGGGGCGGGGCGGGUGGCUCCUUUGGUUAGCGAGGAGUCCUGUCACCAUGAGCUGUCAGACAUUAAUGAGCUCCCUGAGAGGGAGCGCUCCGACAAGGACAGCACCAGCGCCUACAACACAGGAGGGGAGAGCUGCAGGAGCACCCCUCUCGUCAGCGAACAGUACCCCUCCCCCUCUGCACAUGGCCACAGCAGCUUGGAGGGGGGAGACUCUACCUCUUUGCCGUCGCGGACCCCCAGCCGGCACAGGGAGAAGGGAGGCAGGAGUGAGAGGGGGCAGGCUAACCUGAACCAGCCCUACUCCCCUAGCUCACACAGAAGGGGAGCGGAAGUCAAGACCUCUAGCCCGAGAGGGGCCAAGUUCAGAUCCUUGUCCCGUGACGGGGGGGCAAGGAGGGGGUCAGACGGAGGGGUGAGAUGCCCCAAAACCAAUGGGACAAUGGAGGGGAGGGAAGGGCGUAGCGCUGAGAACAGUCCUUAUCUGUCCCGCCGCCACUCUGGCUCCAGAAUCCCCCUGCGCUACCAGAGCUGCAUGCAGCUGAGGUCCCCCUCCACAUCCGAGGGCCUGGAGAGACCCAGGGAUGGCAGCGAGAGUCCCAUGAGCCUGGGGAGCACAUGCAAGGACAUCCCCCAGGGCCCUGUGUCCAUGCCAUCCUUACCCAUCCCCCCUCCCCUGCCUCCGCUGGCCUCGCCGCGUAUGGAGUGGAAGGUCAAAGUACGCAGCGACGGAUCUCGCUAUGUUGCCAAGCGGCCCGUUAGGGACCGCCUCCUGAAGGCCCGGGCCAUUAAGAUCCGGGAGGAGCGCAGCGGCAUGACCACGGACGACGACGCCGUCAGCGAGAUGAAGAUGGGCCGCUAUUGGUCCAAGGAGGAAAGGAAGCAGCAGCUUCUCAGGGCCCGGGAACAGCGCAGACGCAGGGAGUUUAUGAUGCAGAGCAGGCUGGACUGCCUGAGGGAGAGGGAUAGGGAGUCCAGUGGCGGUGGACAACAGGGGGCUCCGCAGGGACAGGAGCCCACUACCAUCUUGGAGCUGAGCCACAGGAGGAGCCAGAAGAAACGAAGCCGUAGGAUCCUGGACAACUGGAUCACCAUCCAGGAACUACUGGCUCACGGAACCAGGUCCCCUGACGGCAAGAAGGUCUACAACCCUCUGCUGUCAGUCACCACUGUCUAAUGGAGAGGGUGGAAGACCGAGAAAGAAAAGAGAGGGUGACCAACAAAGUGAGAUCGAGAGGAAGUGUAGGAGUGAUUGAAAUAAAUGGUCCGGAGGAAGUGGGUUACUUUGGAAAGGGAAAGAAACCAACCAGACUGAUCUGCCAUUGCAUAUUGGAGAGAGAUUGGGUGAUAAGAGUCUGUACAACCUUCUCCUUAGUUACCAACAGCUGUGAUGAAGGAAAAGAGAGGGGAGAGAAUGGCGCAGUGUAGAAGAGAAUAUAAUUACUGGUAACCCAUACUGCAAGCUGUCAUUUCUGCCUGAAAGAAUUAUAAACAUAAGCAGGUAGACAAGACAACAGAAGUGAAAAGAAAGUGCUGGUGAAAUAAACUAUCUGUAGCUAUACCAUUCUUAUAAGGACAGUGCCUCGAACGCCAACUAAUAAGCUUGUGUAUGGCAUUUAACAGAGUAUACAAAGCACAUUGGCCAACGAGAAUAAAGUAAAGGACAAAAUGACUGACUAAUGAAUGAAACGUGGACAUUGUGGUAAGAUCUGAUGAGCACAUUUUAAUAUGAAUACAUUGAGAAGCACAGUGGGGGGGGGGGAGCACACCAAAUCCCACAGCACAGGAAACAUGACAACUAUAUCUCUGGUGGUUGAGAGCUGAGGAAAUCUUCUUGAACGUGUCUUCUGAUGGCUGGUACGAUCGUAUUCUGCAGUGGAGUUACUUACAGUAUGACAGCACAAUCUGAGGAGGUGAAAGUGGUUCUUUGACAUUUGAUUACUUGCAUGUUGACUAUAAAUGUUAAAAAGUAACAUAUACUUCUAAAAAACGUGACAAAAAGUUAGUGUGAAAUUGUGGAUGUGACAUGUUCUUAAUUUGUUGAAUUCUUAGACUAGAAAACAAUGUGGCUGUUUGUUCAGUAUACCGUGAUGUCUGGUCCAUAAACGUUUUACAAUAAAAGCCUUUUCUAUAUAA